AUGCACGAUUAUCACUAAUUGAAAAUGUAAUUUUUGAUAUAGAAACUAUGGAAGAUUUGGAUGCUAGUGCCGCACAAAUUCUUUUAGAAAUUGUAGAAGCUUAUCAUAACCGUAACGUUAAUGUUUUCUUUGUAAAAUUACGUGAAAAUCAAAAGAAAGUUAAAAAAAGUAAAGCAAAAUCAUUCCAUGCUCUGAUCUUGUACAUGAAAAGUAAGUCAUGA